GAAAGAAACAUGAAGUGGCUUGGUAUCCUUGGGCUGGUGGCCCUCACAGAGUGCAUAGCUAUAAUCCCCUUAAUGAAGAUCAAGACCUUGCAAGAAACCCUCAGAGAGAAAAACUUACUGACAAAUUUCCUGGAGGAGGACACUGACGACACAUCCCAGAAUGAAACUGAUGACCCGAAAAUUCCUCGUCACCCCCUGAGGAACCAUCACGAUCUGGUCUACUUGGGAAACAUCACAAUUGGAACACCCCCUCAAGAGCUCAGGGUCAUCUUUGACACUGCCUCAUCUAACUUGUGGGUGUUCUCCAUUUACUGCUCCAGUCCCACCUGCUGUGCAAACAAGCUCUUCAACCCUCACUUGUCAACCACCUUCCAGGACACAAACUACCACGUCAAAAUCAUAUACAGUUCUGGGAUGAUUGUUGGAUCUCUUGGCUAUGACACCAUUCGGAUCGGGAACUUUGAAAACCAGGGCCAGACAUUUGUCCUGAUGAAGAAGCAGACUGAGUUGGAAAAUAUACCCUUUGAUGGCAUCCUGGGCCUGGGCUACCCCAGCCUUGCCCUUGAAGGGACCACCCCCGUCUUCGACAACUUGAAGACACAAGGCAACAUUUCUCAGCCUGUUUUUGCCUUCUACUUGAGCAGCCGGAAGGAGAAUGGCAGCGUGGUGAUGUUUGGUGGGGUGGACCACAGCUACCACAAAGGAAGGCUCAAGUGGAUCCCAGUGUCCCAAACCAAGUACUGGCAGAUAACCAUGAACCGCAUCACUAUGAAGGAGAUGGUUGUUGGUUGUUUCAAUGGCUGCCAGGCCAUUCUGGAUACUGGGACCUCAAUGCUGGUUGGCCCAACUAGACUGAUCACCACCAUCCAGAAGCUCAUCAAUGCCACACCAUUUGGUGAGGAGGUUCCAUGUAGCUCCAUCAGUCAACUGCCUACUAUCUUCUUCACCAUCGAUGGCAAGCACUACCCAGUGCCCACUCAAGCCUACAUCUGGAAGAGUCCUCAGGGCCACUGCCUCAGUGGCUUUCAAGGUGGCAGAGAGCACUCGAAGCAGCCAGAGGCCUGGGUCCUGGGUAAUGUCUCCCUGAGACUGUAUUUCCUGGUUUAUGAUCUGGGAAACAACAGGAUUGGCUUGGCUCCUGCAGUGUAA